AUGAUGGAGAAGACUGGAGGCUUCUUCUACUUCCGCUUGAGUUUGAGCUAUGCGGCAAAGCGUAUUGGGUGGGAGGAGAUCGCUCAUGAGUUGCGUGUAUACGGCCGAAUGAUAGAAGAUCUAAAGGCUAGGCUACUUGCACUCAAGCGAACCUACAGUCGAGAGCUCGCACGUUUUCCACCUUCUCUACUACCGUCCAAGAAACAGUGUAUCAGUCCAAGCUGA